AUGGCCACCGAUUCGCGGAACAUCCGUGUUGCGGUUCGGGUGCGCCCGUUCAAUUCGCGCGAACUGGAGCAAAAUCCGAGGAACAUCGUCAAGGUUUUGGACAAAUCAACGUUGGUUUUUGAUCCGGAUGUUGACGACGAUGAGCUCUUUUUCUUCCACGGUGUCAAGCAAACGUAUCGCGACAUCACCAAGCGCGUCAAGAAGAAGCUGACCAUGGAAUAUGACGACGUGUUCGACAAUGUGUCCACCAAUGCGGACAUAUUCGAGGUGUGCAUGCGGCCCCUCGUGCAAUCCGUUAUGAACGGUUUCAAUUGUUCCGUGUUCGUGUACGGGGCGACCGGUGCGGGCAAGACGCACACGAUGCUCGGUAGCGAGAUGUGUCCGGGAAUCACCUUCCUGACGAUGCAAGAAUUGUUUCAACACAUCGAACUGCUGAGCGAAGAGCGCAAAUUCGACAUCGGGAUUUCGUAUCUGGAGGUGUACAACGAGCUCGUAAUGAAUCUGCUCGACAAAAGUGGCCCCCUGAAGCUGCGCGAAGACGCGAACGGAGUCGUCGUCAGUGGGCUGGUGUUGAAGCAGAUCCACAACGCUACGGAACUGUUGGAGCUGCUGGCACUGGGUAAUCGGAACCGCACACAGCACCCGACCGAUGCCAACGCCGAGAGCAGCCGCAGCCACGCGAUAUUCCAGGUGCACAUCCGCAUGGUGGACAAAAAGACGGGCCAGAAGCGUUCGGUAAAGCUGUCGAUGAUAGAUUUGGCCGGCAGUGAGCGAGCCGCCAGCACGAAAGGGCUCGGUUUGCGGUUCAAGGAGGGUGCGAACAUCAACAAAUCGUUGCUGGCGCUCGGCAAUUGCAUCAACAAACUAGCCGACGGCUUGAAGCACAUUCCUUACCGCGAUUCCAAUCUGACGCGCAUACUGAAGGAUAGUCUCGGCGGCAACUGCCAGACGGUGAUGAUUGCCAACAUUUCCCCGUCGAACCUGACGUACGACGACACGUACAACACGCUCAAGUACGCAUCCCGUGCGAAGAAGAUCCGCACGACCGUACGGCAGAACAUUGUGCCGUCGAACGUACCGAAGGAGUUCCUGGUGAAGAAGGUUAAUGAACAGGCGGAAGAAAAUGAACGGCUAAAGGCGAAGCUGGCCGAGCUGGAGGAACUGCUGAGGCGCAAGUCGGGCACCAGAAACAGCGCCAGCGCCACCACCGCUCCGAAGCUCGACGAAACGCUGCUUAACACAUGGCUGGCGCGCAUCGAUAGCUCCUACAACAGUGUCAUUCAGGCGCAGCAACAUGUCCUUACACUGCAAAGCAAAGAGAAACUGCUAACGAUGCGCUCGAGGCUGAAGGAGCAAGCGGAAAACAUUGCCCGCAUCGUCAAGCUCGACGGUACCCAUCUGAACGAGGACAUUGCCAAGAUGGAUGCUUCCAUCGAUCGGUUUGGUAAGCAGGUUGCGAGCCAGCAGGGCGACAGGAAGCGUUGGCAGGAACGGUACCGGCAAGCUUUGCGCAAUCUGAACGCUUUGCGCACCGAGGUGCAGCAAUCCGAUUUGGCGACGGUGUUGAAGGCUUUCCUCGAUGGCAAGGAGUGGCAGCUGGCCGCGGCGAAAGCAGCCUUGAAGUUCGAGCACAUGGAGAAACUGUCGUCGACGUUCUACGAAGAGAAUAAGCAGUGGGAACGGAUAAUGCUGCUCAGUGGCGACAUCAUUCAGCAAAACUUUCUGCUCCUGCGCAGCAUGGACCGGCUCGACGUGGUGCUGCUGGAAAAGAUGCGAAAGUUGGUGAAACUGAACCAACGGCAGCGUGGCGUAAGCUUUGUCGAUGACGCUUGCCAGCAGGAGCUGCGACAAACGAUAAACAUCAGCAACGAAAGUACCAUCGAAGACAUAGCGAACCUAUCCGACUGUUCCGAAGAUGCCGUCGAGCUGGUGGCAUCGGACACCACCGGUGGAACGCUAAAGCGCACCCUCAGGUCGCACCAUGGCAGCGAGUCGGAAACGGAACCGUCCGAAAUUUGCGCAGCCCAGCGAGGGUUCGAUGCCCAGCACCAGCAGCAACAGGUGAAGCCGAUUGUUUUCAAGAAGCCCAAGACAGUGAACCGGGCACUACAGUUUAAACCGGCUACCGGGCGUAGGACACCGUCCAAGGCAACGACUGCUCCGUCGCAGAGACUCAAGAUUCCGAAGCUGGUACUGCCGGAUGCCGCCUCAAGCAGCAGCACCUUCACAGCUGGCUUGGUCGGUGGCCAGAAGGUCAAAAGGCCACUGCUUACCGCGCGCUCAUCAAGCGACGAACAAAUGGAAGAUACUUCCGAUACGUCCGAUGAAUUGGUCACGCCGGUCGGUGAAUGUGAUAAUGCCAACUCCACCUUCUGCAUUGCCUCCAACGGCGAGAAUGGCGCGGGUUCGGAUUCGAUGUUUUCGAAAGUGCUGGUUGAAUCGAACGUUGAUCCGCAGGUUCUCGACAAAGUUUUGCGGCGCGCUUCCAUGAAAGGGGGUAAGGUUACGCUAUCGGUCAACAAGGAGAAUCGCAGAAAGAGCCCGAAAAGAUUAGGCAAAAGUCCGCGAGCCAUGAACCGGGCGGGCAGUCGAUCCAAUGCAGCGUCGGCCAGCAACCGGUAUCGCACGCUAGGAAAGGGAAAGGAUGCCGGGGGACCGAAGUCUGGCACCAGCAGCACCAGCAGCAGCACUGCAAUGACAGCGAAGCCACCAGUUGUACAUGCCGGUGGAACAACCAACAACAACGUCGAAAGCGAUAGCGAACGCAAUCGACACAUUCGGCUGAUGGGCAUUAAAAAGUAA